AUGGAUGACAGUAGAAAUGAAGUAAUACAAGAAACGACUAAAAAUAAAGAAGACUGAAGCAAAAAAAACACAGAAUAUCGACAAAGUGUUGUGUGUUUGUUUGUUUCUUUUUUCCACACUCGUUUACGUCAAAACUUAUUGAAAACGCUGCAGGGAAAUAGAAAUAUAUCACAGAAAGAAAAAGAAAAGAAAAGAAGAAAUGCCUUACCGUAAAUAGAAUGGAAAAAUGAAUAUAGAAAAAUAUUGCGGCUAAUUGCUUUUAAAUCGUUUUUGCGAUACGAUUCUUCGACGUGAAAUUCGCAUUGUUCGCCAGUUAAACGUAUAAGUUGCAGAGUCAAAUACCCAAGUCGUGUAAUUUAAGCAUAACGAAAAAAAAAGAAAUGUCAACGACACCAAAUCUUUAUACUCCUUUGCGAAGUCCGUCACCGGUUGAUUCAUCAAGCGAUGAUCUGAACGAAUUGUCAUUGGAGCAAGAGUUGGCUCAGCUGGAACGGCCACAUUUUUUGGAUUACACACAAGUUGGCAUUCCAUAUCCAGCAAAUGAUCAACCACCGCCAAUACCACCCAGAUAUCCACUGACAAAUAGUCUGCCAUUGAAUCGUCACUCAUCGAUUCCCGUCAAAAUGAUUCGCAGUGCUGACAAUGUGCCAUCAUACGAUUCAAAUGCUCCGGCUAGUGGUAAAAAACACUUUUUGGAUGAAAAUCCAAUUCGACCCGACUACGUCUAUGAUCGGCCACAUCGAAGCCUAGACAGAGAACAUGAGCGUAAAGAGCAUCAAGAGGGUAAUGCAAUUAAAAUGCAAUUUGAUGCACGGCGACACUCGGCCGAUCGACAGAAACACAAAAAAGCCAAGGAACCAAGCUAUACGAUGUCUCGAUUCCUUGAAACAGACGACGGACUCAAUCAGUAUAAUGAUAAUGAGGUGCAAUUAAGCGAUGUAAAUUUGUGCACAAACACUUCGGAUCGAAGUGACAACUACAACUCGGGUGACGACCGUGUUUAUUCACUGUUGUCGAUGGUUGGGUGCCGUAACCCAAUUGAAAUGUCGAAAAAGUUUUUGGAUUUAUCGAAGACACCACAUACUUGUGCCAAUUUGAGACACUCACCCUGCAUUUCGUUGCUUGUUCAAAUGAUUCACUGCGGAGCAGACGAUUUAACCAGGCAACAUGCACGCGAAGCCCUACGCAAUGUGGUUAAUUAUCAUCCCGAUGAUAAAGUUGGACGGCGUGAAGCCAAGGUGUUACGGUACAUUGAACAAAUAAUGGACUAUUGUGACCUGCUGAAAAAGUUCAAGGAUAACGAAAGUGAUAGCAAAGCACUUGACAGUGACAGUCAUCCACUGCAGGCUAUGAGCAGUCUAAUGAAAGUCAGCUUCGACGAAGAGCAUCGUCAUUCGAUGUGCAAUUUGGGCGCAUUGCAAGCCAUUGCCAAUUUACUUUAUUACGAUCAUGCUGUGCAUGGAACCAAUCCAAACGAUGCCAAAUGCAUAUCGCUACGAAGAUACGCCGGAAUGGCAUUAACCAAUUUGACGUUUGGUGAUGGCAACAACAAAGCACUUUUAUGUGCCAAUCGAGAUUUUAUGGAAGCGCUGGUUGGUCAAAUCAACACCGAUGCCGACGAUUUGCUCCAAGUUACGGCAAAUGUUCUUCGUAAUUUGUCGUGGCGUGCGGACAGCAAUAUGAAAACCGUUCUAAAUGAAAUUGGCACAGUAACAGCUCUGACUAUGGCAGCGAUGAAAAAUAAAAAUGAAAAUACUCUGCGGGCCAUUUUAUCAGCGUUAUGGAAUUUAUCAGCUCAUUGUUCGAAUAAUAAAGCUGAAUUCUGUAUGGUUGACGGUGCGCUAUUGUUUUUAGUUGAAAUGUUGACUUACGAAUCACCAAGCAAAACGUUAUCAAUUGUCGAAAAUGCUGGCGGAAUUCUACGAAAUGUCUCCAGUCAUAUUGCGGUUAACGAGAAUUUCCGAAAGAUUUUGCGUCAACGUAAUUGCUUGGGCAUUUUGUUGCAACAAUUGAAGUCAGAGAGUCUAACGAUUGUGAGCAAUGCGUGUGGAACCCUAUGGAAUCUAUCAGCUCGUUGUGCCGAAGAUCAGAAAUUCCUUUGGGAUAAUGGAGCCGUUCCAAUGCUCCGAUCGCUGAUUCAUUCAAAGCAUCGAAUGAUUUCGGACGGUAGUAAAGUUGCAUUGAAAAAUCUGGUGAAUUUCCGACCGGGUGAAAUGAAUCGAAGCGGUUUGGAUCCAGUGGCCAAAAUGAUGGGACUGAAAGAAUUGCCCACAUUAAGUGCACGCAAGCAACGCGCUCUCGAGGAUGAAUUGGAUGAGAAUUUGUCAGAAACUUGCGAGAAUAUUGAAGUAACCAAGACACCGCCGCCACUUGCUCAUCAAAAGGCACCAAAGAGUUUCACCGUUGUCGAAAGAGAUCAACAGCAAAUGGAACGCAGUUUUGCCUAUUCGUCAUUGCAAUGCAAUGGCAGAGACUCGGAUGAACGUUCGAAAGUGAACAAUGAAUUUUGGGAAACCAAAUCAUUUCAGUCGAAUUCAAGUCAUGAUUUCAAUCAACCAGCGGUGCAACAUACUGGAACCAUACCAAAACGUACGAUACAAGUCGAUGAAACUGAAGCCAACACCGUUCCACCCGAUCAAAUCACCAAUUUUUCAUUGGUUUACUCCGAAACGCAUCCCGAAAUUCGGGAUGUUGAAGCACAAAAGAAUCGAACAUUUUCGGUUGCCGAAGAGGACACGGUCAAAUGCUAUGAUAAUGAAGGCACUCCACAUUUGUCGACCGCAACAUCAAUCACUGAUUUACGACCGCUUCCAAAGCACCCCGUCGCACACAAUAUGCACCGCAAUUCGAAAAGUGGCCGCACAACAACCGAAAACUCGGGCAUAAACACACCGGAGAGACCAAUCAACUACUGUGAAGAGGGCACACCAGCCUAUUUCAGUCGGCGCGAUUCAUUCAGCAGUCUUCAUGAAGAGGCUGAAUUCAUUCAAGACAACAUUGAACUUACGCACAAACCCAAUCAGCUCAAUAUUUUACCGGCGCACAAAAACGAUGGAACUGACAUGCGUCCACACGAUUUGAACGCUUCGGCUCAAUCGAAUGAUCAAAUUUGUAAUGUAGAUAGAAGUCGUCAUGACUAUGAUAAUAACAGCAGCAACAAUUGCACGGUGCCAACAACACCUGGUGAAUGUGCUUCGAAAACGGUUACCUUCAAUGAAUUCAAUUUGGAAACGCCGAUGAUGUUCUCACGACACAGUUCACUUGGCUCGCUUGCCAGCCAUGAACCACCGUUAAACGAUGACAUUGGAUCGGUUAUUAGUGAAACAAGCCGUAUGCCAAGUGGAAUUAUUUCACCAUCAGAAAUUCCUGAUUCACCCUCUCAAACGAUGCCACCGUCACCGCGCCAAAAGCACUCUCAUUCACGCGAUAAUGCAACCAAUCAGCGAAGAUUGCCGUUCGAAGAUGAGAUUAGAACGUUUGGCGUUGAAAAUACACCAGCUUUGAUAUCGUGCGCCACAAGUCUGAGCAAUCUCAGUUUGGACGAUGAGCCAAAGAUUGCAAAUGAUUUGCUAAUCAAAGAAAUGAGAUUAAUGCACCAUGCAUCUGAUGAACAAGAUGACGAACAGAAUGCUAUCGCAUCAACUUCAGCCGAUCAAAGUGAUGCAAAUCCCAUUUUCGACUCGAAUGAACGGAACAACUGCGACGCUGGCGAAGCACUCUCUGACUCAGAUGAUUCCAUCAACGACGACGAUAGUCUACUCAAAAAUUGUAUAUCGUUGGGAAUUCAAGCCAAAAAAAUUGAAGAUAUCAAAUCACCACCUGCUCUACCUGAGCCGAAUGACAUUCUGCCCGACGAUUCGAGCUCCGAUGAUGAAGAUCCGGUCGAUUUGCUAGAACAAUGCAUUCGAACGGGUAUCACGAAGAAUGCUGUUAUGUCAGACGAUUCGGAGAGAUUAGACAUUGGAGGAGUGAAAUUAACACCACAGCAAAUUUUCAAGGAAAACCCCAUUGGAAUGCUACGCAAAGGAGGAAAUCCAUUCGUUAAAAACAAUUUUGAUGAAACCGAUCGCUUCCACAUCGAAGAUAGCCCAUGCAACUAUUCAAUCGCAUCAGGCCUAUCUGAUUUGACUAUUGGAUCGCAUAGAGCCGGGCCAAUUAAAGUCCAUAGAUUGCCAAGCACAAAGGAUAAUUGUGACGCUGGUGAGGCUGUAUCCGACUCGGAUGAAUCCAUCAACGAUGACGGAAGUUUACUCAAAAACUGCAUACUGAUGGGAAUUCAAGCUAAAACCAUUGAACCAGUUGGAGAUGUCAAAUUACCACCUCCCCGAUCGGAACCAAAUAACGUUUUGCCGGACGAUUCGAGUUCGGAUGAUGAUGGCCAAGUCGAUUUGCUGGAGCAAUGCAUUCGAACGGGUAUUAUGAAAAAGCCUGUUAAGCCGGAAAGUUCAGGAAGGUCAGAGAAUGGAUACAAGCUACCACCACAGCAUAUUAUCAAGGAAAAUCCGAUUGGAAUGCUGCGCAAAGGAGGCAAUUCAUUCAUUGAAACCACUUACGAUGAAACCAAUCGUUUUCAUAUUGAAGAUAUCCCAUACAACCACUCAAUUGCAUCAGGUUUAUCUGAUUUGACCGUUGGAUCACAUAAAGCUGGACUGCUUAGAGUGAAUAGGUUACCAAGCAUUCAAUCCGAUGCAAAUGAAGAAACCGAUGGAAAUUUGAAUGGGCAUCGUUCCCUCAGCCCACUUUCAGUGGAUUCUGAAGAGGGUCGCCAGUUGCUACAACAGGCAUUUGCUGCUGGUCAAGCGCGAAUUUUGGCUCGAGAAAAAUCAUCCAAUGCAACAUCAUCACAGAGCUCAAGUGCAAUGACUGUGCAAAAUGUUGAUUUGGUUAGAAAUCAAGACCGAAACGCUGAUUGUGAUGAUUCAAACAGUUCAAUCAGUUCGAUUGAUUCGAAUGAUUCCAAUGCGCUGCUUCAGCAGUGCAUCCAGAUUGGAAUGGGCAAGGCAAAUCAAAUUUCGGCAUCCAAAUCAACGACUGUCACUAAAUCACCAUCCAAAGUGACUGUUCCGAAUCAAAUGAAGAAAUCACAGUUGCCUACUCCGAAAGCAUCUACCUCACAGCCAUCAUCGAAUCACCAUCGGUCGCGCUCGGCAAAACGCGAUCAAGACGAUAGACAGCUUCGGAUGGAUUGUAUCAAUGCGGGCAUCGAACGAAGCAUUCGAUCAAAAUCGACUGCAGUCGAAAAGAGUUCACCAUCGAAGCGUAUCGAAUCGGAGCAAUUGAAGAAUUUUCCGUCAAAAAACGCACAUACUACGUCUGCAACUGUAUCUCAUACUGUAGGUGCCACAGACGUAGUGAAGGACAAACGAAAAGGCACCGCUUACGCACACGAUCAACAUCAACCGGUCGACAGGCCAGCGCAAACAACAACAACAACAACAACAAUUUCGAAGAAAGAUCACGAGAAAAACAUAAUUCUUAUAACCGACGAUAUUAUCGAAAUAACAGCACCAGCAAUGGCCGAAAUUGGGUAUAACAAUUCUGCAUUGAAUACGUCCAUGAUGUCAACAAAGAGCCAUAACAGUUUCAACAUGGGCGGUGAUAUGUCGCUGUUGGAACGAUCAAAUGAAUAUCCAGCACUUUUGGGACAGAACGAAAGUAUUUACGAUUCACAGAACAGCUCAAGCGUCGAUAUGGAAGUAUCAAAUGAAUGUCUAUUUGAAAAUUUAUCACCACCAAAAAUGGACAAACAUAAAGAUCCGAAUCUAAUGUUGCAGUCCGUUGAACGUUUGACUCAGGAACUGGUUUCUACUGCUGAAUAUUUGCGAACAAACAACUCAUACGACGAUGACAUUACAAUCACUGAAUCAAAGCAAACGCUUAGCAUUUCGAACAAUACGUGGAAUGAAGACACCAAUCCAAAUGCUAUAUCGUUCCCGAAAAUGAGUAAAGAAGCUCCGGUUAUUGCAUCGAUGCACGACGAUGACGCUACAAUCAGUGAAUUGAAUGGCAGUCGCUAUGAAAUGGCCAACUCGGAAUUCAUCGAAGAUUCAACACCCAUUAACAAUAAAACGUUCAGUGAAUCAAUUUCCGAUCGAAAAUUCGAUUCGAAUGGUCUUUGCUUUGAAAUCGGCGGCAAAGUCAAUCAACUCAAUAGCGGCACGUAUAGUUGUAAUGGUUUCGAUUCGCACAGCACCACGUCGACUAUGACCAAUUCAACGAUUAUUGCAAUGGAAGCGAAU